UUUCAACUGCAAACUAGCACACUCAAAGCAAAAUAGUUUGAUAUAUAUAAAAAUAUUUAAUUUUCCUGGGAAUCCCGCUCAAGGCCCGCCGCGCUCCACCCCCCCACCGGCAUGACCGUCUCCAAUGCUGUGGACCAAUUCACCAUGCUAACCGGCGACCGCUCCAAGAUCAAGGACUUGCUUUGCAGCCGGCUAACAGAGUGCGGCUGGCGGGACGAAGUGCGUCUACUUUGCCGCUCCAUCCUCCUAGAAAAGGGAUCCAACAAUAGCUUCACCGUGGAGCAGCUGGUAUCGGAGGUGACACCCAAGGCCCGCACCCUGGUCCCGGAUGCAGUCAAAAAGGAGCUGCUGAUGAAGAUACGCACCAUCCUAACGGAGAACGAGAACGAGGAUGAUGAUGAUGAUGAAGUGGAAGAGCAAGAAGAUGAACCUUAAACUAAGACACCUAAAGCAUGCAUGAUUGAGAAUUUCUUUUUUAAAGGAAAAUCUACAGUGCAAUUACACGAUAUUUAUUUGUACGAUUUUUAUACAUAAAUAUCCCCUGGAAAGGGAAUGGGUUUAUACACACA